CUCGGCCUUUCUCUAAAACACUGGAAGCUAUGGCAAACGCGGGAUGUUUAUUCGGCAAAACGGCGUCGCUUUGGUGGCGACGGGUAAGGUCAAGAACCAAAGCUUCUCCGACCAGCACUGCACUGUGUUCGACAUUUUGUAAAUCAUCAUCAUCAUCGAUAUCGACGAAGAGAGUCGGGACUCGCAAUGGAAGCUUUCACUGCGACGAAGCUCUAGCCUGCUUCUUGCUUCGCCAAACCCACAAAUUCUCCGGCGCAUGUGUCGUUCGCACACGCGACCCCCAGGAUUUGGACACAUUGGACGCGGUGGUCGACGUUGGGGGUGUUUACGACCCGACCCGAGACCGUUUCGAUCAUCACCAGAAAGGGUUCCACCAACUUUUUGGUCAUGGCUUCACUACUAAACUCAGUAGUGCUGGCCUUGUCUAUAAGCAUUAUGGGGUGGAGAUAAUUGCAAAGGAGCUUCAGCUUGAUGAGGGUCACCCAGAUGUUUAUAGGUUGUUUCUAGCAGUCUAUAAGAAUUUUGUUGAGUCAGUUGAUGCUGUGGAUAAUGGAAUCAACCAAUAUGACACUGACCAACCUCCUAUAUAUGUGAACAAUACUAACUUAUCUUCAAGGAUUGGAAGAUUGAAUCUAGAUUGGAUGGAUCCUGAUCACUCCUCCGAGAGAGCAAAUGAGGCCUUUCAAGGUGCCAUGACACUAGCCGGCAAAGAAUUUUGUGAGACCCUUCAUUUCCAUGCAAAAUCAUGGUUAAUUGUAAUGGAGUGUCUUGCAGAAAGAGACAAAGUUGAUCCAAGCGGAGAAAUCAUGGUGCUGACCAGGUCUUGUCCUUGGAAGCUUCACAUAUUUGAGCUUGAGGAGGAAAUGAAGAUCGACCCUUCCAUCAAAUAUGUUAUUUACCAGGAUGGCAGGAGUGAAAACUGGAGAGUUCAGGCAGUGGCAGUGUCCCCUGAUAAAUUUGAGAGUCAGAAACCUCUACCAUUUCUGUGGAGGGGUUUGGAAAAGGACAAACUCUCCGAGGUUGCUGGGAUCCCAGGCUGUGUUUUUGUUCACAUGAGCGGAUUUAUUGGUGGAAAUCGAUCUUUUGAAGGUGCUCUGGCUAUGGCGAGAAUGUCAUUGAAGUCCUAAGGUAGAAUGUUCUGGAUAUGUUAAGACACUCGAUUCACAGCAUUGCAUGUUGUGAGCUUGACUAUCAUGUUCAUUUGCAUGAUUAGUAGGGAUGAAUAUUCUCUAACCAUAUUUGCUUCGCAUGGAAUUUUGAGACUGCAUGAUUGCAUCCAGUAAUUAGGUGAGGUAGUUACAAAAGCCAAUUUUGUAUUCUUUUCAAAACAGAUUGUAUUUUCAGCAUAUACAUAACCAUCUUCUUUUAGUAACAUCUUUGGCGCUACUCUGGCUGCGUCAUUGACUCUUAUGAUUCUAAAUUUUGUUUAAUUCUUAGACAUACAAAACCAUCUUCUUUUUGUAACAUCUUUGGGGCUGCUCAUGGCUGCUUCAUUGAUUCUAGAUUCAAAAUUUUGUUAUAUUCUUAGACACUUAGAAUUUUUGGAAUAUCAAGAACAUUUGAAGGCCGUAUAGUGUA